AUGGAUAUAAUUACAUUAUCCGUAGUGGUUAUCAUCUUAAUUAUAAUUUAUAAAUAUCUAAAUCGCAAUUUUAACUAUUGGACUAAAUAUGGUAUACGUGGACCCAAACCGUAUCCGAUUGUCGGAAAUAUCUAUCAAUUGCUUCGUAUACCACAUAAUAUUCAUCAACAGGUUUGGCAUAAAAAAUAUGGCAAAAUCUAUGGUAUAUAUAUGUCCGAUGAACCUAUUUUACGUAUAAGUGAUCCCCAACUGAUUAAGACAUUGUUUGUCAAAGAUUUCGGCCAAUUUGUUGACCGCAAACUCUACGGUCCAAACAAUCCGAUUAUAUCGAAAAGUCUGGCCGAAGCUUCCGGCGACCAAUGGCGCCGUAUUCGGUCAAUAGUUUCGCCAACGUUUUCGUCGGCCAAAAUGAAACUAAUGUAUCCGAUUAUCGGCGACUGUGUCCACGAUUUUAUCGGCCAUUUAGAUUCAAUCAUAACCGAUACAAACGCCAAUACCAUUGAUGCCCGCGUUAUCAAUGCCAAGAAAGAGUUCGGUUCGCUGGCCAUGGAUGUCAUCGCGCGGACAGCUUUCGGUAUUAAGUGCUAUCCGUACGGCAAUAGUGGUCCCGAGAAUCCGUUUGUUAGCAAUGCUCGGGUAAUACUGGAGUAUACUUUGGCCCGGUUUUUGAUUAACGUAUUUAUGCCCGACUGGGCCUAUAAACUGAUGUUGGGAUCGAUUGAGACCCGAAUCAAAGGAUUUUUCUUUUCGUUUAUACGGAAUGUUUUGGCCGAAAGGCGGCAAUCGAUGGUCAGACACAACGAUUUUGUACAGUUGCUUAUGGAUGCCGACAGCGGUUAUGGCGAUGCCAUGGAUUAUAUGGACACUAAUCAGUUACAAGGUUCCGAUGAACAGGAAGCUAAUCGGCGGACACUGGACUUCAAAGUGGCCAACAAAAAGCUCAGUGAGGACGAGAUUGUGGCCCAGGCUAUGGUGUUUAUGGUGGCCGCCUAUGAAACAACAUCGACUGCACUGACGUUCACUAUCUACGAGUUGGCACUGAAUCCGCGGGCCCAACAAAAACUGUACGCUGAGGUCACUGAAGCGUUUAACACCGCCGGCACUGAUAGUACGGAAAGGCCGGCCACUGGCCAACAACAACUAGACUACGAGACAUGUCUGCAACUGCCCUAUUUGGACGCCUGUAUAUCCGAGUCGUUGAGACUGCACUCACCUAAUCAGGGUCUGCAACGAGUGGCCGCUACCGACUAUACCAUACCCGGUACCGAUAUUCAUCUGCCGCGUGGCCAACACAUCGAGAUACCCGUGUCGGCCAUACACCUGAACGAAGAAUACUAUACGCACGCCAAUAGCUACAUACCCGAGCGUUUUAUGCCCGACAAGCGUCAUCUGAUUAAGCCGUAUACCUAUAUGCCCUUUGGUGUCGGUCCCCGUAAUUGUAUAGCCAUGCGAUUUGCACUGUUAGAAGUGAAAACAUGUCUGGCUUAUUUGGUUGAUAAAUAUAAAUUUCUACCCGUCCCCGAAACGGAUGUUCCCCUGAAAUACGAUAAAACCUUGACACUGGUACAGCCUAAACGUGUAAUUGUUAAAUUAGAA